AUGUCUGUUAUUGACAAGAAAUAUCGUGAAAAAUGUUGGCUGACGCGUGAUGAUUAUUGGAAAUGUCUCGAUACAAACAAAGAAGAAAAAGAAAAAUGUCUACAGCUUCGUCAAUUAUUUGAAUCAAGCUGUCCAGCGACUUGGGUGACACAUUUCGAUCAAAAACGUGAAUACGACAUCUUCAAAAGGCAACUCGCACUUGGAGAAGUGGAAACUGACAAGUUAAAAUCCAUUAAAGGGCCGUCGAAACCGUAA